GUAUGACCAUGAUUUCUUGGAUGAGUUAAUGUCACUAAGAAGAGAAACAUGGGAAAGCACAAAUAAUAAUCCAUGUGAUGAAGAAGGAAACUACCAAUUACUCUUCCCAAAUAAUAAUGGGUGGGGUAAUAGUGGCGGUUUUGAUCAUCAAAAUUAUUACUCAUCACCUUCUUCUAUUCUUGUUCCAAACUCCUCUUAUUCUUGUUCUUCUUCUUCUUACCAAGAAGUUCCUCAAAAUUGCAACGAUUAUUAUUGUGACACUACCUUCAAUGAAAUAUAUAGUUCCUUGCUUGAAGAAUUCUCAGCACCACAGAUCAAUAAUAGUGACACUACUACUCCACCACCAAUAUUAAUGAGUGAUCAUCAAGAGGAUUAUAAUAAUAGUAAUAAUAAUAAUGAAAAUCCACUAUUAGUUUCUAUGUUGGUGGAAGAAGAGCUUCAAAGCUUGGAGAUGCAAAGAGAGUGCAAAAUGGAGGCAAGUCAAUCAUCUUCUCCUCCUGUUUUCAACUCGGAAAGGAAGAACAAUAAUAGAUCAAAGAAGGUUGAGGGCCAACCCUCCAAGAAUCUAAUGGCUGAGAGGAGAAGAAGGAAGAGAUUGAAUGAUAGGCUCUCCAUGCUUAGAUCAAUUGUCCCCAAGAUUAGCAAGAUGGACAGAACAUCUAUACUUGGAGACACCAUUGACUACAUGAAGGAACUACUAGACAAGAUCAAUACUUUGAAACAAGAAAUCCAAGUGGUGGAUGAUUCAAAUGGCAUUUUAUCCAAUGAUAAACACCCAAAUGAUAUUUUAGUGAGAAAUUCUCCCAAGUUUGAUGUGGAGAGGAGGAAUAAUAAUGGAGACACAAGAGUUGAGAUCUGUUGUGGUGGGAAGCCAGGGAUGUUGCUAUCUACAGUAAACACUUUGGAAGCAUUGGGUCUUGACAUUCAACACUGUGUUAUAAGCUGUUUCAAUGACUUCACAAUGCAAGCUUCUUGCUCAGAGAUGUGGAAAAGGAAUUCUCUAUAUGGAAUCUUGCUUUCCCUAUCCAAGAAAAUGGAUGGGACAAAAAUGGUAUAUUGCAUCUGUAUAAAGCUUAAGCUUUCAGCUUAA